AGCCACUUUAAAACACACAGCGGCGGUUACUCAGACUGACAGUUUGCUCUUAUUCACACACCCACUAUUCUCCAUCAGAUGAGUUCAUCUCCUGACAAAUAUCUGUAAGUGGAUUAGGAGUCAUUCUACUAGUACACUAAACAAUUUCCAGAAGACUGAACGCCACCAUCAUCAGAUCAAACAUCAGUUCCAGUGUUCAGCCAUGGUGCUGUUUGAGGAUCAGGAAUGUGGGGUCUGUUACCUGCGUUACUCCCGCAUCGACCGCGUUCCCAGAACUCUCCACUGCAACCACACAUUCUGCACCCCCUGUCUGGAGACAAUGGGGCUGCAUUCCAGCGGCCUGCGCACCAUUCGCUGUCCCCUCUGUCGCCAGGUGACUUGUUUGGACCGUGGCAUCAGCUUGCAGGAGGCUCUUUUUGUCAAUAGCCAAGUGUGGGACAACAUUUGUGAUGAGCAAGAGGAAGAAGAGGAUGAGAGACAGCAGGAAAAAGAGGAAGAGGGGGGAAACGCUGAUAUGCAGGUGCUGUCCUCAUCACAAGCUGAAUGUCCAGUGCGAAAACAAUACAGACCCAAACUCCGACUCCCGACUUUCCUGAAGAGAAUGAGUUUCUCCAGGCAACCUGAAGAGAGGAUUGUUCCCACCUGCAAUGUAGAAAUGAUGUCAUGGAGAAGGAUUUCAUCAGAAGAGAUUUAAUGAAAAGUGCGACAGACACCAUAAGCAAAGGAUUAGCAAUACAAACAAUAGACUUUCACCAUCUGCUUUGCUUCUGUCAUGUGCGAAUUACGCCUGGCAUACUGAAAAAGCGGGAGCAACAGUCAGUCCUGGAGAAGGUUGUUUAAACAACUCCGAACCCCUCCAUGUGCUUCAGCGACUGCAUUUUCCACUUGAAUAGCCACAAGUCCGAAUCCUGCUCCUCCAUCUGAGGGGAACUUCUCAUUAGAUAUUCCACCCUUAAUCCAUCCCAGCUGCUGAGGCCGGAUUUGUUUCAGCUGUCCCGAGAGACAGAGGGUCCCAGAUGCGAAACAAGACUUUCAGAGCAGAUGGCAAUCUUGGAAAGAUUCGAUUCACCCCUACUUCUCAAAUGGACGCUUUUAAGUUAUUUUAAGCUUUGUUAUUUAUAUAACUUAUAAAUUAUUGUAAUUUAAAAAUUCUGAUAGCUUGAGUCUUUUUAUAAAGCACAUCCUGACAUCAUGUUUUGCAAGACUAUCUAGAGCAGAGGGGGUUCACACUUUUUUGAUACAAGGACCCCAAAUAUGACAUUCCCCUUGUGAGGGACCUCUAUUUACAAAGAAAAACAAAUAAUACACUUUUUUUUUUUGGAUAUAUCGUCAUUGUACUUUAAAAAGAAUAAAAUAAAUGCAAUACCAUGACUUUUACUAGUCUUUUAUAGACAAAGGAAAGAUUAUAUCAAAUGAAAUGUUGAAAUUGUUACAAAUGUAUGCCAAAUUAAAACCAUAAGUAUAUUCCAUACUGCUGGCAUAUUCACAGUUGUGAGUCUGCAGCUGACCAAAAAAAAAAAAAAAAACACAAAGAAUGGAAUCACUCAGCAGUGUCAAUGGAUUAUACAUGCUUUUCAUUAAACAUAUGUCAUCUUUUAUGGAUCAUUUCUGAAAAGAGUUUUGGUUUACCAAAGUUUUUUAUAUUACAUUGGCAAAUACAGAGUCUUUAUCUACACACCUGAAUGUGCUGUUUUCUGAGGAAAACUUUUAUAAUGUUGUCAUUAGAAAAGGUACAGAAAUAAACAUUUGCUUAAGCAAUAACAUGACUGCAAUAAAUUAUAUAAACAUAAACUGGAAAAAAAAUCUAAACAUUUAAAGAGAAUUCUUGACGUGAAUUCUUGGAAUGUGAAACAAUAUGAUAUGUUUCCUCAGAAGGCUUCAUGAGCAGAUAACUCAAGCAAAACAAGGAUGUAAAGCGAUUAUAUAGCUGUUAUCAUGUUUGACAACAGAUUCUUCUACCGAAAUCACCAUGCGCUAUAAAAAGACUAUCCAUCGAGUCAAAUCACCAGUCUUUGUCUGUGCUGCUGCUUUACAAGCCUCAUAUAUAUCUAGGUCAAACAGAUAACUGCUGAUUUAUGAUUUUCACUGAUGGUUGAUCAGACCAAA